AUGACGGUUCACACAUGGCUUGAAAGCGAGUGGGGAGUGACGGCAGCAGCUGUGGGUGCUGCACAGGAAUGUGGGUUUGCUGCUGCCAGGACCAGCUCCUGCCCUCGGUGCACAGCUGCGUGUGAGCACAUAGCAGAAGCCACCUGUCCAGAUCAGACCUCUCCAAACUUACUGCACAGAGAGGAAAGAAAAGUGAUUGUCACCAUUGUAACUUUUGCUUCAUUCUGGACACAGUUUCAGAGCAGGAGUGCUGUCACAUCUCAAGAAUCUGAAGCCAAACCACUGACCUUCACAUUUGUGCCAUCCAUUGGACAACUUCCCACUCAUUUUGAGGUUGUAGAUGUCUCUAAGUUCCUUGUGACAAUUCCAGAGGAGCCAAAAGAUCUGAGCAAUCAAGAAAUUAUAAAUAAGGCUAAGGUAGUCUCUGAUGAGCUGUCCUUAAACAGCGGAGUCCGGCAAGACUGUGUGCCUGCCAUCUCUCCAGAGAGCACCCAAACUGUUUUCCAGCCCCUGGUAUCUAACUCAAGCAAGGAAGAAAUGCAGGAGAAUGAUCUUUUUAAGGCUGAGUUUAUCCUGAUUACGGACUCUGGUGAUGAAGAUGAAGCAGGUGCUGCCUCUAUCAAUGCCCAGCGGCCCUCCAAUGGCUAUGGGCCCAUCAGUGCCCAGCUGCUGGCUACAUCCCAUGUCCCCCCUGGCAUGGAGUCAAGGAAACCUCCCAGCGAUGGGCAUCUUCCAAGUGCUACACUUUCCCACAGCACUGCUGAUCAGCAAAACCAGCAGUUAAUUUCUACUCUUUCCACCUCUGAUCAUCUUUCCUCUAAAUCACCUGCUGUCCACUUAAUUUCUCCAACUAAUCUGAAAGUAGCGUGUGGUGCCAUGGUUAACCUGAAUCAAGCCUCUUCGCUGGAAGAUUCCCAUAACAACUGGCAGUCAGCAGCUGGGUCUUCUAAGCAAGAUUCGUCUCUCUACUUUCAGUCUGCUUUCCACAGUUCAGCCCCCUCCAUGUCUAAAAUAUCCUGCUCUGCAUCAAAUCGUUGUUACUCCAGCCCUCAACUGUAUGAUAACAUGCAAACACCAUGUGCCCAUAUCCCUGGCUGUGUUUGUAAGACGGGAAGCUUCACUAGAUCUUCCGUUCCAGGAAGGAGUCCGUGUGUUUCCCCCAGUCUUCCACGUUCAGCUGAAAUUCAAGUAUCAUCAGGCCAACCUUCAUUUUCCUGUUCUUCCAAAAGACUGAAUGCUUUAUCUCCCCUCCCUGUACAUGUAAUAACACAUUCAUUAUCUCCUAGCCCUAAACCUUUGUCUCCACCCUCUCUUUAUGGCUCAUCUUCGACUAUAUGUAGUAUAAAUGAGCCUUGUACACAAACAUCAUCUAAAGGAAAUUUAGCAAGGUCAGGAGUUAGAUCCCCUCUGCCAACCAGACUAACUCUCUUGACUGCUAUUUUGAGAUCAGGCUCUUCUCAACGAAGACCUCGUUCCCCUGCUUCUUGCCCCACGUUUUCUCCUUCCUCCCUUUGUUCCUCAACACUUGCAAUAGAUCAAAAGUUCAAAACAACUCCCCCAACCCCCAGAAAGUCUGUUUCAAGCCCUCCUAUUAGACCGGACUCACCCAGAAAAGAGGAAUAUUGGCCUCCAGGAUGUGCUCAGAGCAUGUCUUUACACUCCAAGCCUUGUCCUGCUCCUCCAGUGAGGUCUCUUUCUCCUAAAAUGCACCUUCCAGGACAAACACUCUCUCCAGCCUCCCAAAGUCCCCUCUCAUCCCCCAUCCCUUCCCACAGAAAAUCAGUUGCCUCUACAGGCUGGCAGGCCACACUCCCUGCUCCAGCAGUGCCACCAUGUGCCCCAGCACACCCUUCCCUUGCACACCCAGCCUCUCCUCCCCCUGAAGGCCUGUGUUAUCUUGCCUCCAGGACCCAAGCACCUCAGAGAUCUCAGAGGGUGCACACUUACUCACCUACCUUUACCUGUCAGUCAUUUAGUUUGCUUUCUUCUACUAGACAUGGUGGCAAAGUCCUCCCCACCACAGAAAAGCAGUCGUCUCUCUCCCCACUUCUUUCAAAUUCAGCUUCUACACUGAACUCAUAUUCAUGCCAAAAGUAUACUCAGGAGCCCAGUGCUUCCUCUCCAGCCCAUUCAAAUCUCUCAAAUCAGUGGUCUCUCUCACGUCCUGAUUCUACUUCACCAGUUCCCCAAACUCAUAAUAUUAAUUCGCACCCACCACAGCUUCAUCCUUCACUGAUGCACAAAAACUAUAGGCCCAACUCCCACUCUCCAAGACCUCAGCAACCUGCCACCUCACCGGUCUUAAAAUGUAGACCUCCUGUCUCAGACAAGUCACUACGCACACUGCCUUCAAGAUCCCAGGAGCUGUCUUCACUACAAUCUUUUUCCCCGCCUCCUGACCAUGAAAACAUCAAACCCAAGCAAUACAAGAUCAAGACAAGCUACAAGGCAUUUGCAGCAAUCCCUACAAACACAUUACUUAUGGAACAGAAGGCAUUAGAAGAGCCAACCAAGGCUGCUGGUGUGACUGAAGGCACUAGUUUGGACACCCACUCAGAGAUGUGCUCCCCUGCCCAGCUCAGACAACAAACAGAAGAGCUGUGUGCGGUCAUCGAUCAAGUCCUGCAGGACCCAUUGACCAUGCGCCGAUGUGAAUCUUCUCCGAGUUUCCUGCAGAUGAACACAGAGUCAGAUGUUGGCAAGGUGUCGGCAACAUUGCAGAGAGCAGCUGGACGUGAAACCAGAUAUGCUAACCUUUACAAAUCAACACCUGUGGUAGCGGAGAGUCAGAUGACCAAACCUGGUGUCAUUCGUCCUGUGCUAGUGAAAGGGAAGAGUGCACAGCAACAGGAAGAGUUCUAUCAACCCAACCCUUUUAAAAAGUACCUAGAAGAGAUCAGUGAUCAAGAUACUGAGCAGCAGCCCAGUCAUCCUAUAGUGCCUAUUCCAGAAAAUGAAACACUCAGCUCUAAGGAGGUCACCAAUGAAAGAGGUUCUGUUUAGCUGUAAUGCCUCAAAUUAGGAUUGAGAGAUAAAACCACAGAGGAUUUUGGGCCUUUUUCUCUGCUGAGAAGGAAUCCACACUACAUGUGUUAUCUAAAGCACCAUUAAAAGAAAAAUAUAUAUAAAGCUUCCAGUAUGCUAAUUGCUAAUAUUCUUUUGAAAGAUAAUUCUAUGUACUAGAUGUACUGUGUACUACAGUUAACCCCUGAGAUACGCAUACAAAUGUGCCAUAUUUAUAUGCCACUUCUUGAAGUGCUUUCCAGUUUAAAAGAUGCCUAAAAUAACACAGCAUAUUUUAUUUAGAAAUAAUAUGAAUGUCGAAGUUCAAUAAAGGUGUAUUUUUGUUGCAAAGCA